CAAUAUUAUUUUUAAAAUGUCAUACAAAAUUUUAAUUGUCAAACCGUUUAAUUAACUUUUUAAACUACUUUUUCCAAACACUGACCGCUUUUUUAAAACCCGCGGAAUCCAUCUCUGCGCGACUGCUUUAUCAUUCAUUGAUUAUGCGUCCAAGGUCAAGAGAGGGGAGUAUCAUGUAUGAACGGUGCAAGUAGUAAGUUUGUAAACACUCAAAUACAACAAGGCAGCAGAUGAUCAGCGUGUGGUCUCCUUAAAGAUUAUUGAACCCAUCAAUCAUCUAUAAUUCAGGUUCAAAAUGGAUUUUAACCCAAAUGAGCAUCAACACUUGCGCUAUAACCCUUUGAAGGGCGAAUGGAUCUUGGUGUCUCCCCAUCGGGCCUUGCGACCUUGGAGCGGGCAAGUCGAACAACCACCGGUGGAAAUAGUCCCCGAAUUCGACCCAAACAAUCCUCUGUGUCCUGGAGUUAAACGUUCCUCUGGAAUAGUAACUCCGCAAUACAAAUCAACGUACGUUUUUACUAACGACUUUCCUUCACUUUUAGAAGAAGGACCUGAACCGCCCCAAAACGAUGAUCCUUUAUUCCAAACAAAAUCGGCCAAGGGCACGUGUCGUGUUAUUUGUUACCAUCCGCGUUCCAACGUUUAUUUCACAUCGAUGACGUUAUCUGAAGUGGUUGCUAUUAUAAACGAGUGGAUUAGACAAACCGAAGAAUUGGGCAAGAAGUAUCUAUGGGUCCAAGUUUUUGAAAAUAGAGGGGCUAUGAUGGGUUGUUCGAAUCCACACCCUCAUUGCCAAAUUUGGGCUUCGAAUUUUUUCCCCAACGAACCUAAAGCCAAAGACUUGCACCAAAGAGAGUACUACGAGAAGUAUAGAAGACCAAUGCUGCAAGACUAUCUUCAGAAGGAAUUGAAACAAGAUAAACGUGUUGUGUACCAAAAUGAAGAAUGGGCCAUUGUGGUGCCUUAUUGGGCUACUUGGCCCUUUGAAACCCUAGUGUUGCCAAAGAGACAAGUUCAGAGAUUUACCGAUUUAGAUAAGAAACAGAAAGAAGCAUUAGCCGCUGCCUUAAAAGCAAUAGUUGCCAAAUAUGACAACAUUUUCAAGUGUAAUUUCCCGUAUUCGAUGGGUUGGCAUGGGGCUCCCACUGGUGAACAGUUUAACGAGUCUUUACCAUAUUGGACUUUCCAUGGAUGUUAUUAUCCACCCCUUCUCAGGUCCGCUACCGUUAAGAAAUUCAUGGUGGGAUAUGAAAUGUUGGCUCAAUGUCAAAGGGAUAUAACACCAGAAAGUGCAGCAGCUCUCAUAAAAGAACAAUCCGAAGUGCGUUUUUCUGAUACAAAAUAGUACAUCAACCUAAAAAACAUAAUUAUUUGGACUUUUAAACAAUUAAACAUCCAUUUUGAUCUCAAUGUUGAGUCGUUGGACAGAUUUUAAUAAAAAGGUCCUGUAUAAAUAAAUAAAUCAAAAAUG